AUGAGAACUGGUUUAUGCAAGUAUGGUGAAAACUGUAGGUUUCAUCAUCUGAAUCCUACAGCAGCAGGAGGACUUGACACUACUUCACCAGGUAGAGGUAGGUCAUCAACAAAAGCAAUAAAUGAGACUGCUUUUUUCAGGCCAGUUAUCUAUCCGCCAUCCCCGUUCAUGCCAAUUAUCUAUCUGCCAACCCCAUUCAGGCGAAUUAUUUAUCCACUAACCCCAUCUGCUCCUGAAAAUGCAGAAUGGAAUGGAUAUCAGGGGAUUCUGCCUAUUCCCCCAGCACUUUCGAUGCCCAUUCCAGCAACUGGAUCCAGCUUCUAUGCACAUCCGCAAGGCCAGGUGAACGUAGAUGAAUAUCCUGAACGACCUGUACAGCCUGAUUGCAGUUCCUACAUGAGAACGGGGAAUUGCAAGUUCAGAUCUUCCUGCAGGUUCCACCACCCCAGAAACUUGGAGACGGCUGUCAAGGACUGA